UCGUAUACGUGUAUACAAUAUAUAAAUGAAUAUGUCUGUGCGUUUUUUUAUGAGGGAGUGUGAGAGAGAGGCGUAUUUAUCAGUUAGUAUAUUGCUAUAACCAUCAUCUGCCGGACGGUCUAUGGAUAGACUACUGCUGUCGGUGUGUAGUUGGGUAACGGAGGGGAAAACCGUUUCGAGUUUCACAUCACCGCGGCGCACACAGUGUCAGUGACUUCAACGCCCGGCUCAGUUUCUGGUUGUCUUUCUAUGAUUGUAUACCGCGUUUGCAUUUAAGUUUCCGUUAUCCGCUCAGUAACAUCUCGGUGAUUUUUAAUUGUUUAUACAUUUUUUAUUUUCGUAAAAAUAACAACAAAGAAUAUAAGUUAUUAUAUUAUCCAAUUAUCCCAGUUACUUUUUUACUUGCACGGUUCUUUUGUUGAUAUUUUUUCUCAUUUGUGUACCAAUAAAUUAAUAAUUCUAAUACUAAAAUUUGUUUUUAAAUUCAGUGUUCGUGUAGUGCGUGUGUGUGUGCAAGUGCGCUGUACGAUUAACGUAUAAUCUGUCUAAAAAUACACGUACAUAAAACGUCGCUGUCGGUGUGAUCGACACAAACAUGUGAUUUUAGUUGUAACUUGUAGACGAUGUGGAGAAAUAAUUUUAAAAUGACCAUGCUACUGCUGCUUGUUAUCACCAUUAUCGGUGUGGCGUGCGGCGAAAACGACAGCGGAAGUUCUGAUGGAGUAGUGCGAGUUGUGCGCAGGCGGCACCUGGACGAGGCGACCAAGACGGGUCAAGAAUCGAACGAGAUCGACGACGAUCACCAUCGGCGGGCAGACAUGUCACUGACCCGGGCCGAAGAAUUCAAGUCGACCACGGCGUCGUGCAGCGGCGGCCCGUGCGGUGAAAUGUCACAAACGGAAUCGGCUGCGGCGGCGCUCGAUGACGACUCUCAACUGAUCGCGUCAUCUGCCGUCUCGUCGUCUGCCGUUCCGCCGUCCAUGGUGGACGAACAGACGUCUCAGUCGCAAUACUAUUACGAGUACGUGGGACCGACAAAGAUCGGUUCGGGGGAAGCCAAGAGGGCUUCGUCGCGUGGCAGAUCACUCGUACCGACGGAGCCCGAUACUGCAGCGCAACGACCGCUGCAGACACGACAGCAGCAGCAGAUGGAUGUGGCAGCGGCGGUGGCGGACCGUCAGCAGAUCCGUAAAGCCGGUAACAGCGACAUGGAAGACAUACUGGACGGGUUCGUCAAGCUGCUGAACGGUCAGCCCGGUCAAGCCGGUUACCGGCAGCCGAUCAAGACGCGCAUCAAUAACCGCGGACCCCCCCGCAUAUCGGACGCUUCGGUUGUCUUGGAACCGCCGGCGUUCGUGCCGAUGCCGCAACACCAGCACCAGCAACAGCAACAGCACCAACAACAGCAGCAGCACCAGCAACAGCUACCGUCCCAGAACAAGCCGAAGGACCCGCCGCCGUAUCCGUUUGACGUGCCGCAGCCCGUCCGGCCACUGCCACCACAACCACCCAACCUUAUCAAGCCGUUCUUGACCGGCGUGCCACUGCCCGAACAGUUGGUUCCCACUAAUGGUGGUGACGUCGACGAAGAUGAGCUAGGCCCACCAUCUCUGCAGUACGAAGACGACGUGUCGCAUCUGCCAUCGUCGUCCAGACGACCGGUGCAGCACCUGCAGACUGCCAGGCCACAACAGGAGUACGACUUGUUUGCGGACGGUCACGCGAACGGCGCCGGCCACGCGGUCCCAGCCGCUCCCAGACCGGUAGAAAAUGUGACGGAAAAGUUCACGAUAGACGUGCCUUCUUCUCAGUCACCGCCGCUCUCUGACAAACCGGCCGCGGUCACUGUCUCCGAAAAACCGACCACGACAGACAAACCAUGGUCAGCGAUCGAUAUCAACGCGACCCGUGUGAUUGGAAUCCAAGUGUCGAAACUCGUCGACCACUUGACCUCGCCGGCGGUACCCUCCUCGCCUAUCGGAGUAAGCGAUCCCACCACAGCUGCCUCCUCCGCAGCACCCACGAUGACGACGACGACAACUAGCACCGCUAGCACUAGCGCCAGCACCGCUGCGGAAUCAACGUCCACAACGACUGCCACGCGACCGGAAACCACGUCAGCCGGUGGUGAACACGUGACCGGCGUCGGUUCGGCUGUCGUGGUACUUGAGCCAUCCACUUCGGAGGAACCGCAUCGUGACGAUGCGCACAAGCCUACCGACAACAAACUUCCCAGCAAGCCCACGGCACCCGUAAAGAAGACCCCACAACAGUCCGAAGGGUUCCCGUAUUAUUCACGUCCAGGGAUCGUGCUGGAUGAUCCGGAAUUCAAACCGCACAUCGGAGGCCAAAGGCGUCCCAUCCAAGUUCAGGUGCCCAGCAAAGGUGAUGUGUUCGACAUAAUGGUGUCCGCCAUACAAGGGCCGGGUGACAAGCCAGCACUGCUCAGUCCCGACGAAAUAUCUCCGUCGGGCGUAGGAAAAGGAGAAGUGUCCGUGAUAACGUCGGCAGAACCGAACCAGCAGUUCGUGUCCAUCGACGGUAAACGAACGUACAUCAACUUGUUCGGCUCAGCGGAACCAACCGCGGUGGCGCCUCAGUCCAUAAAGCCGACCAGUGCUGCUUCUGGAUCGUAUUCGGUCAGCCAAGUGCUGCAGCCGCACGGUGCGUCCAGUCCGCCCGGACCACCGCCACCGUCGCCGUCAAGCGGAGGCAAACCGUCAGCGCCGGCCUGGAAACGGCCCACGCACCCGCCAGUGAGAAUCGAUACUUGCAUUGUGGGCGACGAUACGACGUGCGAUGCGGCGCAGCAUGAAAGGUGCCGCACCGAACUUGGCGUGUCCUCGUGCCUCUGCAGGCCCGGGUACAGCAGGCGAAAGCACCGGGACCCGUGUCACAGGAUCGUAUCCAUUGUAUUUUCAUUACGCGUUGAUCGGUUGUACGACAACAAGAUCUCGUGGUCGGACAAGUAUAAGGAUUCCGAGACUCAAGAAUAUCAACAACUUGAACACGAAGCAGUUAGAGCGAUCGAUUCGGCGUUUUCAAUGACACCGUUUUCGGACACGUUCGUCGGCGUCAAGAUCAACAACAUUUACAUGUCCAAAACAACGCCAGGCAUGCCGGUCAUGGUUAACGCCACGGUGCAGCUGACGGAGAACGCGGAACACUUGCGGUCAUCCGUCAAGCAGGACGUGCAAAAGCAGCUGACGGGCGCGCUGCAGAGGCGCAACAACAACGUGGGCACCAGCGGCCUGUGGGUGGAUUCGCCGGCCGGAGCCAUAUCGCAACUGCAUGAUCUCGAUGAGUGCAGCGGUCCGGAACUGAACGACUGUCAUCCGUUGGGCAAGUGCACGAACGUGUUCGGCACGUUCCAGUGCGCGUGCCCGGAUGGUUACAGGGACCCGUGGAUCGGAAACGCUCAGCGCAGCGGCCGGACUUGCGAGACGUGCGACCCGGGCCAGUGCAAUCUCCGGGGCGAAUGCUUCUUCCAGGCCGGACAGCCGGUGUGCAAGUGUUCAGGAUCGUUUUACGGGUCGCAGUGCGAAAUCGACGGCGAAGUGCUGAGCGUGGCGGUCGGCUCGUCCGUGGCCGCGAUAUCCAUCAUCGUGCUGACGCUUGUGUGCCUGUGCGCGUGGAGCCGCCGCUGGAACAAGGAGCAGAAAGUCGGCUCACCCGUGUUCGGGUACAUGCCGACUGGCGGCAGCACUGUGAAAACACCUGUGAUCGGCGGCCCACCGUACCAGGUGUCCAUCGAGGACCGCAUGAGGUGGGCCCAGAUCGCCGACGCCAUGGCGCACGCCAACCAUUACGCCCCCGAACCGGUAAACGGCACCAUGCGGUCGAACAUGUUCGGGUACGCCGGCGCACCGAUGCCUCUGCCCAGGCUCCGGCCUCCGGGUACGAGCACGAUUUCGCACGCAUUCCGCACACCGGAGUCGAGCACCAGCGAAGAAGAGGACCGGACCGACCUGCUAGGCCGCAGCUUCCAGACUUCCUCCAGACCAAAAAGCAGAUCUUCCUUGGCCAAUCAAAGCGGAAUUUACUACGACGUGGAUUACGAACAACAGCAGGGCGAAAUGACGUUCUCGCCCGGUUGCAUUCCGCUGAGCACGUACACCAUUGGCAGCCGCUCAAACUACUACAGAUGAUGAUGAUGAUGACGACGACGAUUAUGCCGACGACGACGACGACGACGAAAAUCUCACGAUACAGUUGUAUAGCUGAUGACGAUCAUCGCCAGUGUACUAUAUAUUAUAUAUUAUUAUUAUUAUCAUCGUUUAAACUUUAAGCGACACAGACUGAGGACACAAAACGCGUUUACGCGUAACCCAAUAAAAUAAUAAUAAUAUACCUAUACACUGUUAUUGUUGUACACCCUACAUAAUAUUAUAUUUAUAUAUGCCAUUGAUGAAAAAAAACCUAAUCGUGUAAUAAUAAUUCGUGUUAAGUACCUAUACAAUAUUAUUAUAUUAUGUUAAAUAUUUAUACACGGACUAGUAUACAAAGAAGCGUCCGAGCAGUAUAUAAUAUUUUAAUAAAAUAUAAAAUUAUGUUUUUGUAAUAAAUUCAACAAUAUAAUAAUAGUACCUAUAUAAUAAUAAUUAAUUGUAAAGCAAUACUAUAUUUUGGACUUGUCGCACUUCGUGCUUUUGGCGUGACGUCACUGACCGGUUGACUUGGUGAUGUCACCCCGAGAGCGGGCCGAAGACAUUAUCAUUUUAUAAUAUUAUUAUGUUUACCUUCCAACCAAUAUCAACAACGCUACACGAUUAAUAAUAUGUAAUAUUUGUGUGUGCGUAAAAUGUAUAACAUAUGUAACGCAGAUAGGUAGAAAAUGUUAAAUAUAGUAUUUCUGUAUAUAAGAUUAUUAAUGUGUGUAUAUGAAAUAAUAAACGCGGAAAAGUGUCGGAAAUAUCUAUAAAACUAAAUAAUAUUAUAUAUAAAUACUUUCAAUCUAUUCAAUACAAUAUAUCAUAUCUCAUACAUUAUAUUAUGUGCCUAGGUAUACGGUUAUAUACUUGUGUAAUAUUUGAGCUUAAUUGUGAUAUUCUCUGCGUCAACGUAGUAAUAUUAUACCAUUUAUACCUAUAGUAUCGUCCGCGUCUCAAUAUAAUAUAUAUUAACGCAUUAACGUUUAUCAAUAGACUUGUGCCAUAUAAACGUUUGCGCACAUUCGAAA